UGUUCCGCACUUUUGAUAAAGACAACAAUAGCAGCAUCGGUGUGGUGGAGUGGGUGGAAGGACUAGCCAUACUUCUCCGGGGGACACUUGAAGAAAAGAUUAAAUAUUGUUUUGAGGUUUACGAUCUGAAUGGUGAUGGAUAUAUUUCAAGAGAGGAAAUGUUUCGAAUGCUGAAAAACAGCCUUAUCCAACAACCACCAGAAGAAGAUCCUGAUGAAGGAAUUAAGGACUUGGUCGACAUAGCACUGAAGAAAAUGGACUAUGAUCAUGAUGGCAAGCUUUCUUUUAUGGACUUUGAAAAAGCAGUCAGAGAUGAAAAUCUUCUCUUAGAAGCCUUUGGACCAUGUUUGCCAGACAUAAAGAGCAGAAUGGCAUUUGAAGAGAAAACUUUCCAAGAAGCUCGUAAACCAUCUUUCCAAGUGGAAUACUCUUGUAAGAGUUUUUUCUUCACCAUUCUUCAUGGCAUAGUAAAGACAGGAGCAGCUUGA